ACUUUGAACAAAACAUUUACAACAUUUUUUGUGUUGAUUGACAACAACUGAUUGCUCAGUUAGUGUACUGUUCUUUUUAUUAUUAUUAUUGUUAAUAUUUGUCUUAAAAUCUAUAUUUAACAUGUAAAAUGUUGAACAUGAUUGAACCUAGAUGUUGCACUAUUAAUACAUAAAUUAAAAAAAACAAAAAAAAAAACCAAAAGGAGCAGAAGAAGUGAAGAAAUGAACUGGGAAUAUUUACUUCCGGUAUUAGUGUGACGUUUCGUCCAGGCGCCGCCCACUGCGAUCACGUGACCCGGACUCGCCUGGCAACGGGGGAAGCGUCUCUGUGGAGAAGUGAAUGAACUUCUGAACUUCACAAGUUUUAUGAGCUUUAAAUCUAUUUAUUUUAUCAAACAUAGUAAAGAAUCAAAACUAGCGCCACUCUGGUUUUUAUUUACACUUCUUCGCGGUGUGUGCAGGUGUGUGCAGCUGUGUGCAGGUGUGUGCAGGUGUGAUAUGCGUUAGGCGUGGUGAGUGUCCCCUCCAGCAGCAUGGGGAAACUGCAGAGUAAACUGCGACGCCGCUCUGACCUCUACAGAGCCAGAGAGGGGGCGGAGUCUACACCUGUACCCCAGGUGGUGCAGUAUGAGCCCGCCCACUCCGACGCUGUCAACUGCGUGACCUCAUUGACCUCUGACCUGUGUGUGUCAGGUGGGAGUGACCAGGCGGUUGUUGUGUAUGACUGGAGAGCAGGAAAGGUGUGCAGAUGUUUUCAUGGCCACAGCAAGGAGAUCACCAAGCUGGGCUGCUUUGCAGGCAGUACGUGGAUCUUCAGCGCAUCCCGGGAUAAAUCAGUGUUGAUGUGGGAUUUUACCGGAGGUCCGAACCCCAUCCAGUCAUUCUGUGGGCAUGAACUCGUCGUCAACGGAGUCGCUGUCAGCCCAGACGGCUCGAAGCUGUGCACCGGCUCUCGUGAUAACUCCAUGUGUCUGUGGGACGUCGAGAGCGGCAAGUGUUUACACAGAAACACCAUCUCACGCAACCUGGUAACUCAUCUGUGUUGGGUUCCUGGAGGAACCUCAAUAGUCCAAACCUCAGAAGAUAAAACCAUCAGAGUGUGGGACAGUCGGACAUGGCAGGUGACGAACACGUUUCCAGCUAAGCAGUACAUCCAGACUCACUGUGACGUGAGUGUGAACCGCUACCACCUACUGUCCUGCAGCAACGGCUUCGGGGGUCACGGCUGUGAGGCCACGCUGUGGGACCUCAGACAGCCAGGCUGUAAGGUGGUGGAAUACAGAGGACAUGUUCAGACGACGGCGUGCUGCGUGUUCCUCCCCCCGAGCAUCGGCUCGCCUGCGCUCGUCGCUUCAUCAUCGCACGACUGCUCGGUCAAGAUCUGGGACCAGAACACGGCCGCGUGUUUGUUCACUCUGUCUCUGGACGGCUCAGGGCCGUUGGCGUCGUUAGCACCGUGUGACUCCAGCUCUCUCCUGUGUGCCAGCUACAACUCCGGCCUCCACCAGCUGCAGCUGUCACAGGGGACGCCCCAGCGUCAGGGAAGUGGCACGCUUCUGACCAGCGCUAAUGCUAAUGCUAAUGCUAACGCUAGCGCUAACUUCCUGUCUGGAGCAGGAGAGAACUUCUCACUCAGGGACGCACUGCCAUCACGCACACAUCAUUAAUGCACUGAGA